UCGACGGGAGGAAAGAUGGCGGCCGCCUAUGAGAGUUUCAUUCUGCGCACCACACCAGAGAAGUUCUUCAUCCAGGCGAGUGAGGACGGCGCCGAGGACGUCCUGGCCAUCGACAGAGUGUCCACUGAAAUGAGCCUCACAGUGAGGAGAGACGUCCCCUCAUCAGCUGACAGCCGGCCCAUCUGCGGCCUCAUGGGAACCAUCGUCUGGCAUGUAUCGGUCAUCAUCACAAAGAAGAAGAAGGUGGGAGACCUGCUGGGACACGCUGUGUGGAAGGCAGUGGCCUUUGACAUCCUGUCCUACAAGAAGAUCCUGCACCUGACAGAUCGCCAGAUGCAAGACAACAAGGUGUUCCUGUCCAUGGUCCACAGCGUCCUCCACACCGACGGCCUGUUCUUCACCACAGACUACGACCUGACCCACAGCCUGCAGCGCCUGGCCAACACCAGCCCCGACUUCCAGGACAUGAGUCUGAUAGAGAGGGCCGAUCAGCGUUUCGUGUGGAACGGUCAUUUACUGAGAGAGUUCCUGGCCCAGCCUGAGCUGCACCGGUUUGUGUUUCCUGUCGUCCACGGCUUCGUCAGCGUGAAUUCCAGCUGCAUCAACGGCAAAGUGUUCGAGUGGAUCCUGAUCUCCAGGAGGAGCUGCUUCAGAGGGGGAGUUCGCUACUACGUCCGAGGCAUUGAUUCCGAGGGACACGCCGCCAACUUUGUGGAGACCGAGCAGAUCGUGGCGUUCAGCGGUGCCAAGGCGUCCUUCGUUCAGACCCGAGGCUCCAUCCCCUUCUACUGGUCCCAGAGGCCAAAUCUCAAGUACAAGCCAAAGCCACAGAUCCACAAAGCCGUCAGUCAUCUGGACGGAUUCCAGAGACACUUUGACUCCCAGAUUAUUCUCUAUGGAAGACAAGUCCUGCUCAACCUGAUCAAUCAGAAGGGGUCGGAGAAGCCUCUGGAGCUGGCCUUUGAUAAGAUGGUGGCGGGUUCGGGUAACGGCAUGAUCAAGUACAUCGCCUUCGACUUCCAUAAGGAGUGCAGCCGGAUGCGGUGGCACCGUCUCCACCUCCUGCUGGACACGGUGGCUGAGGUGCAGGAGGACUUUGGGUACUUCCUGGUGGAUGCAGACGGCAAGGUGCUGUCCAGCCAGGACGGGGUUUUCCGCAGUAACUGCAUGGACUGUCUGGACCGGACCAACGUGGUGCAGAGCCUGCUGGCCCGCCGCUCGCUGCAGGCUCAGCUGCAGAGAAUGGGAGUUCUCCUGAUGGGUCAGCGGAUUGAGGAUCAGACUGACUUUGAGAAGACGUACAGGAACGCCUGGGCCGAUAACGCCGACGCUUGUGCCAAACAGUACGCCGGUACCGGAGCCUUAAAGACGGACUUCACCAGAACAGGCAAGCGGACUCAGUGGGGUCUGCUGAUGGACGGCUGGAACUCAAUGAUCCGAUACUACAAGAACAACUUCUCUGAUGGCUUCAGACAGGACUCCAUCGAUCUGUUCCUGGGGAACUACGUGGUGGAAGAAGCUGACUGGGCCACUCCACUGCAGGACCCCAAAGACUGGAAGUUCCUCACUCUGCCCAUCAUCAUGGUUGUGGCCUUCUCCAUGUGCAUCAUCUGCCUGCUGAUGGCAGGGGACACCUGGACCGAGACUCUGGCCUACGUCCUGUUCUGGGGGACGGCCAGCGCGGCCACGGCCGGUCUGAUCCUCUUCAACGGCCGGGACUUCGUGGACGCUCCCAAGCUGGUGCAGAAGGAGAAGAUGGACUGAAUGUGUGUGUGUGGAAAGCAGCUGGGCUCCUCUUCCUCAGGCUCUUCAUCACUUCACCACCACAGGGCCUGGAGCCUGUACUGACCUGGGGGGGGGGACUGGACCCUGUA